UUCUCCUGCGCUCAUCCUCAGUCACUCUUCUUCCAGCAUUUUCUCUCUCCCUCCAUCCCCAUCUUCUCCCACAUCUAGCGCUGGGUAUCACAGGAGCCGUCCGAAACCCCUUUUUCGGCUUUCUGUUCCCGAGUGCUCAGGCUGGUUCCGCUUCGUUUGGAUCACGUACCCACAAGCGCUUCGAGCCCCUCCGGCAAAACCAAACUUAGCGAGAUAUAGCAAAAACUUGGAUAUCUCUCUAUCUGACCUACUUGCUCUACUAAGUUUUGCAUAUAUCUCCAUCCCUUUCUCAUUUCCCUUGUCCACGCUUGCGAGAAGCCUAUCUUAUCUUAUCUCAAAUCCGCUCACUCGUCUGCUUACAUAUUAAUUGUCGCCUCAGGAUAACACUCGAAGAAACAAACCUUAAAGCGGUUUGUUGAUAUGGGUGUUAAAUCUCUAUGGAGCCUCCUGAAUCCAGUUGGUCGACCUGUUUCAUUGGAGAACAUGGAAGGAAAGGCAGUUGCAAUCGAUUCCAGCAUUUGGAUAUACCAGUUCCAGGCAACCAUGAGAGGGAAGGAUGGUCAUGCUCUAACGAAUGCUCAUGUUCUGGGCUUCCUACGGAGAUUGUGUAAGCUACUGUUCUAUGGCAUGAAACCAGUAUUUGUUUUCGAUGGUGGUGCACCAGCUCUCAAGCGGGCGACUUUGAAUGAAAGGCGAAAGAAGAGGAUCGGUGCAGCGGCAACCCAUGCCAAGGUAGCAGAAAGGCUUUUGGCUGCUCAGAUGAGGAGAGAAGCCCUCAAACACGCUAAAGGCACGCAGGUUUCCGAUAAGGGGAAAGGAAAAGCGGGCGAUGACGAGACUGUGUAUCUUGAGGACCUCGAUUUCAACCUGCCAAGGACCCCAGCGAAGAAACAAAAGGAAGCCGAACCUACCGUCUCGACGAAGAAACCCAAAUUCUAUGAACAUGACCCAUACCGCCUUCCUGAGGUUAAUAUGGAGGCUCGAGUUGCGAGUGCCACUCGCGCUACAGCACCUGAUCCUCGACUCGCUACUGAAGAGGAAUUACGGGACUUUAUUGAGAAUAUGCGACCCGAGGACUUUGAUGUCACUUCGCCAGCCUUUCAGGAAUUACCCACUGAGGUACAAUACGAAAUUGUCGGUGAUCUCAGGCUGAAGUCACGACAAACAUCAUAUUCGCGACUGCAACAGAUGCUGAAGAACGCACCCACACCUCUCGAUUUCUCGAAGCAGCAGAUAAAAAACUUGCAGCAACGGAACGCUCUUACGCAGCAAUUGUUGACAACUACGGAUACCAUUGGAAAGGCGCAUAUCGAGAUUCCUGUCCGCAUUGCAAGUGAGAGAAACAAGGAAUACGUACUCCUAAAGAACGAAGAUGCUUCUGGAGGUUGGAUUCUAGGUAUACGUGAUGAUGGAACCCAGACGAAACCAAUUAUCCUCGAUCACGACAGUGACCUGAACAUCAAAACCAUGGAUAGCGACGAAGAUGACGACAUGGAAGAAGUUGACAUUCCCAAUCAACACUCUAGCAUUUCCACCACGGAUCCCGAUUCACGUGGAUAUCAAAGUAGUAUGGCGCUAACCGAGACCAGUAGACCUUCUGUUCCGAAAAAUACGGUGUCGUUUACCAUGGAUUCCAUGCGGGAGGCGCCUUCCAUACCGUUAUUCAUGGAUGAAGAUGAAAAUGAUCCUCAUCUGUCUAUCCUACAUGACGACGAGGCCGAAGACUUGACCCUGGCUAUCCAAGCCAGCCUCGAGGAUGGAAUUUCAAUAAAGAAAUCCGCCACAGGAAGUUCCUCGUUCGUCGCAGGAAACGUGCGACGUAGUAAAUCACCCGACGUGAACGUCACUAGCUCGGGACGUCUUCGAACUGCAUUAUCGAUCGCCAACAUAGGUGCAUCAUCGUUAAAUAACUCCUUCACGGUUGCAUCUACUUCCUCUGCGGUCUCGUCUUCCUCAGAAUCUUUCGGGCAACCAUUCCUUUUGAAUCACCCAGCUGUCGAAACACCUGGACUACCUGCAUUGAAUAUUCCUCGUCACCCACCGAAAACACCGAAGGCGACAACCACUGGCAAGCCAGCGACAUCCAGAACUACUCCAGUCGUUCCGUCAUUUGUACCCCAGCUUCCCGCGAAGGUUGACGGCAACGAUAUGAUAGACAGGGUUGAUUCGAUUAUUCGUCCCCUUUUGAAUGAAGAACCGCUCUUAGCCGUUCGUGAUUGCGCUGCCGGGACGCCUGAUAAACCCAAAGUUGUGGCUGGUGAUGUUUCCGGGUCUCAGUACCCGCUUGAAUCGUCCGCCACAUCGGAACCGAUGCUUACGAACGAUCUUAUUGUGGGCGAGACGGUUUUCGGCGAAGCCCCACCAUUAAGGUUACAAGCCAACGCCAUUCUGGGAGAGGGCGACCUCCCUCGUACAACAUCUCCGAAAAUACCUGCCAAAGAGAUCCGAGAAGGCUCGCAAUCGCCGCCAUCAGACACUGAGGAUUGGGAUGCUGCUCAAGAAAUGGAUCCAACCGCAGAGGAAGGAGAGUUCGCCCGUUUCGUUUCUCAGGUCAAGGGUAGGGAUAUCGAUGAUGUACGACGCGAAAUUGACGAAGAAAUCACAUCUCUGAAUGAGCAGCGGAAGAAUGCGAUGAGAGAUUCGGAAGACAUAAAUCAACAAAUGAUAACACAAAUUAUGAUGAUGUUGCGAUUGUUCGGCAUUCCUUAUAUUACCGCGCCGAUGGAGGCUGAAGCUCAAUGUGCUACGCUCGCGUCUCUCGGUCUCGUUGAUGGCAUCAUUACGGACGACUCCGACGUGUUUCUCUUUGGUGGGCAGAAGGUCUACAAAAACAUGUUCAACCAGUCCAAGACAGUCGAAUGUUUCUUAUUGUCGGACCUGACGCGCGAGCUGGGCCUAGACCAAGGUACCCUCAUACGGUUGGCCUACCUGCUCGGAAGUGACUACGUGGAAGGUCUUCCCGGAGUAGGUCCUGUGGUAGCAAUGGAACUUGUCGGAGAGUUUCCUGGUGAUGACGGUCUCCACAAAUUCAAGGACUGGUGGAGUAAAGUUCAGAUGGGCAGAGACAAGGAGGAAGAUGCCACGUCCACUUUUCGAAAAAGAUUUAAGAAGAAAUUCAAGGAUCUCUAUCUGCCACCCGAGUGGCCAAACAGUGCCGUAAGGGAUGCGUACUAUUACCCUACCGUGGAUGAAUCCGAGGAACCCUUUAAAUGGGGACUACCAGAUCUUGACGCCCUUAGAGAAUUCCUACGGGAGGAGCUUGGCUGGGAACAGCCUAAAGUGGACGAUCUUCUCUUGCCCAUUAUCCAAAAAAUGAAUAAACGCUCACAGACUGCCGCACUUAAUAGACAGGGAAACCUCAAUGAGUUCCUUGAUGUAUCCGGCGAUGGCGGAACCCUGGCUCCACGAAAACGUCAGGCGUAUGCAAGUAAACGACUACAAGCGGUGGUCUCGGAUUUCCGAAGGAAACGCAGAAGUGGAUCUUUCACCCCUACACCCGAAAACGACAGUGAGGGGGAGCACGAGGACGAGUCCCGCCCGACAAAGAAAUCAAAGGCCUUAGGUUCGUCAGCUAGAAGGAAAAUCCAAGGGAAGAGCAAGGGUAAUAAACAUACUCCCGGGAAGAAGAAAAGUCAACGGAGUCGAAGGUCUCCUGCCACCCCUCCUUUGGCUGCUGAUGACUCGGACCAAGAGGACGAGUUCAAAGAACCCUUAGUAGACAGGGAAGAACCAUCACCACUUGCUGUCAGUUUGAGACCCCGACCGAAGCCCAAACCUACCUAUCGUACCGCUGAUCAUGAAGCGGAAUGAAUAUGGCAUCGGACCUUUUCGUUUUAUGUUCCAUCUUACGGUGUCCCGUAGAUUUUCUCCACAUGAUCUCACAAUCAAAGGGAUAGAUAUAUCAAGUAUGUCUAUUUGUCCAUUUGCAUGUAGAAAAUAUCAGGACUCUGAGCCUGGGAACGACAGUCUAUUCCAUUCCUGGUCUCUGUACUAGUAAUCCCACCCCAGAUCUCCAAAGGCACGAGUGAUUGAUCAAGGGACCUUCCGACUCGGAUUCAUUAGUAUAGCGCGACCGGUCGUAUUUGAAGGAUACCUGGGGCCCGAACAUUUGAACGUUCAAAUUCCGAACGGGAAGCUCAUCACCAUGCUGUGUUCGCGGACACACCUAUGUACUAAAAAUCGAGAUGAAGUAAACACUCCUGAACCGUCAAAAGUGAUGCCCGUGAAAGAUGAGGCGGCCGCUAUAAACUGUGAUGGAGUGACGAAUCGGCGACAUUAAUAUGACGAAUGGGACAUUUGCAAUGAGAUAUGGAUACUAGUCGAGCGCUGACAAUCAUUGUGGUUCAGAAGCGGAUGUCCAUUGGCUUUGCAAUU